AUGCCGGAGACCAGGCCCGCCGCGAACCUCAACGGGACCCCGUAUCGCAACGUGCCGUUGUCGAGGGAGGCAAGGGCGCCGCUGCAGCUGAAGCGCAUCGAGAGCCACAACCUCCGCCAGCAGGAGGAGCUGAGCAGGGAGCGUGUCCCCGUCAGCGUGGCCGCCAUGAGCAUCGUCAAGUACUGCAACGAGACAAAAGACUACAUGGUGCCGUCGGUCUGGGGCAGGAUCCCGCGGGACGAGGAUCCGUACGCGACGAAGCAAUCCAACGGCGGCUGCUGUACCGCCAUGUAG